AUCAAAUUCGAAAGAUCAUAAGAUGAGAAUCAAUAUGUUGUUUAUCGUGGCAUUGUCUUUUCUAGUCUCCGUUCGGUCGUUACCGAUGAAACCAACUCUAAAAUACGAGUCAAUCUUUAAUUUCGGCGAUUCUUUAAGCGAUACCGGAAACUUUUUGAUAUCCUUGGGUGGUUACAUUCCGAACAUUGGAAGACCACCGUAUGGACAAACUUUUUUUAACCGUUCCACCGAUCGUUGCUCCAAUGGACGUCUCAUCAUCGAUUUCAUCGCUGAGGCAAGUGGACUACCAUACCUUCCACCGUAUCUCCAAAGUGCACGGACGAACAAUUCGGUAGAUUUCAAGAGGGGAGCAAAUUUUGCGGUGGUUGGAGCAACAGCGAACGAGUUUAGCUUCUUUAAAAACAGAGGUCUUUCAGUAACGUUGUUGACGAACAAGACACUGGAUGUUCAACUUGAUUGGUUCAAGAAGUUAAAACCUUCUUUGUGCAAAACCAAACCAGAAUGUGAAAAAUAUUUUAGAAAAUCUCUGUUUUUCGUCGGAGAAAUUGGUGGAAAUGAUUAUAAUUACCCUCUUUUAGCAUUCCGAAGUUUUAAAAAUGCAAUGGAUUUGGUACCAUUCGUCAUUGACAAAAUCAUCAACGUCACAAGUGCCUUGAUAGAGGAAGGUGCGGUGACACUGAUGGUUCCAGGAAACUUUCCGAUCGGUUGUAUGGCGGGUCUAUUAGAGCGGUUUAAUGAUAAUAAUGGAUGGCUCUAUGAUUCGAGGAACCAAUGCCACAAGCCAUUGAACAGUUUGGCUAAGCUUCACAACGAUAAGCUCAAUAAAGGCCUUCAGGCUCUAAGGCUAAAAUACCCUCAUGCCAAAAUUAUGUAUGCUGAUUAUUACAGUUCCGCCAUGCAAUUCUUCAACUCACCUGCCAAAUACGGUUUCACUGGAAGUGUCCUAAAGGCAUGUUGUGGAGGAAGAGAUGGAACAUACAACGCGAAACCAAACGUGCGGUGCGGAGAAAAGGGUUCGAUCACUUGCAAAAAUCCAUCAACGUACGCAAAUUGGGACGGAAUGCACCUAACUGAGGCAGCUUACCGCCACAUUGCAACUGGUCUCAUUUCCGGACGUUUUACCAGACCUGUUUAUAAUAACACUAACUCACCUUUAUAA